AUGCUGACUUUACUAUCAAGACUAUCUACUGUGUUGGUGAAUUUCAACCAGUUUUUGAUGAUGUUAAAGAUGAAUUAUGCAAGCCAGGGGGAACACGAUCCCACGGCGGAACAAAACAACCAACAUAUCAAGGCGUUGUUCCGUGUCCGAUACCAUCGCAUGCCGCAUAAGGCCAUUCCAAGGAUUAUUACUGAAGCUAUUGCCAAACGAGUUGCACAGACUUCCAACUUUUACCCCGCCAAAGGGGGUAUUUCGGCUUAUUACAGUCCUCAUAUGAUUUUGUUGCGACGCCAAGUUGAUUACUCAAAAGAAUUCGUUGCUGAACUUGGGUCGUAUGUUCAUGGUUAUGGCCAUGAUACUCGCAGUGAUCAUCGUUCACGCACUAUUGAAGCGAUUUACUUGGGACCAGCUGAUAAUAUGCAAAAGGGUCACAAGCUGUAUGAUUUGAACACAAAAAGAGAGGUAACUAGACCUCGAAUCACUGUGCUCCCAAUCACUGAUCAAGUGAUCAAAUUGGUUGAAGCCCAUGCUGCUGAGGAAGGCGUUACAGAUUUACAAACCUAUUCCAGACGCAAUGGAGAAAUAAUUUUGGAUGCUGAUCUGCUCGCAGGAGUGGACCCAGAUGAACUGUGGGACGAAGACUAUGUACCUGCAGAUAUUGAGAUUCCACCUGUCAAUGACAUGAAUUUGCGCAAGAAUGAUGCAAUCUCCGAUGAAGAACUUGAAGAAUUAAUCGAGGAUGCAGCCGAAGAUAUAUUGGAAUCUAGAAGAAUUGAUGAUAAGAGACAACACAAAUAUGAUGAGGCAGAUAGAACUGUCGACCGCAUGCUACAAAGAAUUAAAAGACGUCAAGAAGAAGACGAUGAAGAGGAUAUGGAUUUUGUGCAGGAUCAGCAACCUGAAAGCGAUAUUGAGAUGGAUAUCGAUGAUGAAGAAUUAAAAGAUAUGAUUGAUGAAGUAGCCCGUGAGUUGGAUAGAUUGAGCCAACCCAUUGAAGAAGAAACAAUGUUCAGCGUUGAAGAUGAUGACGAUGACUGA